GGCGGGGGGCCCCUCUCCCUGCUUCCCUCCCCUCUCCGCGCCGCUCAGGCAAAAUGGCAUCGGCGCCUCGGCGCUGCCCGGGCCGCUCGCCUUUGUGCGCCCCUGCCGCGGCUCGCCGGGCUGCCGAGGUCCGGAGCGGAGCCGCUCCGGCGGAACGCGGGGGCUUGAUUUAUGGCGCUUGAGUGGCUUUGAAACGCUGCCGUGAAACGCAGCCUCUCGCCCUGCCCUGGGCUCUUAAUGCUCUGAAAGGGCUCUCUAAAGAGACGAAGCUCUGAAAACAAAAGUCGUGCAUGGGACACAAUUACGCAGCCAAUUCGAGCCCAACCCGGAAGUUUAUGUCCGGAACACGUGUUGGCGCGGAGGGCGGCGAGGCUGCGAGCCGCUGACCCCUGCGCCGGGGAGCGGGGCCCGCGGCGGGACUGCCCGCCACGGCCGCGGACCGAACCGCCAAGUCCAGGGCGCUGGGGCUCUUAACGAGCACACCUCAAACAGAGGUUGCUAGGAGAUGGUGGAGCCAGGACAAGAUCUGUUGCUUGCUGCUUUGAGUGAGAGUGGAAUCAGUCCAAAUGACCUAUUUGAUAUUGAUUCUCCGGACGUGGUUCUUGCAACUCCAGCACCAGCUCCGGCUGUUCAGCAGUCAGUGCCACUUAGUGCAUUAGAACUAGGCUUGGAAACUGAGGCCACAGCUGCUGUGAAACAAGAACCAGAGACUGUAUCAACUCCAGCCUUAUUAAAUGUUCGGCAACCACCAUCUACCACAACCUUUGUGCUGAAUCAAAUAAAUCAGCUUCCAACUUUGGGGACUACUAUAGUGAUGACAAAAACCACACCUGUUACAACUACAAGGCAGACUAUCACUGUAGCAAAAAUCAUUCAGACCAGCACAACAACUCGACCCUCUGUUGCAGCACCAGCAGUACGCAAUGCCUUGACCACUACACCUUCAAAGGACCAGAUUCAGCUGAAAGAUCUGCUGAAGAAUAAUAGUCUUAAUGAACUAAUGAAAUUGAAGCCACCUCCUAAUAUUGCCCAGCCAGUAGCGACAGCAGCAACUGAUCUAAGCAAUGGUGCAGUGAAGAAGGAGGCUUCUACAAAAGAGGUAGCAAGAAUAUGGAUAAAUGACAUUAAAAUGAGAAGCUUUUCACCUACUAUGAAAGUGCCAGCAAUAAAAGAGGAAGAAGAACCUGAGGAAGAAGAUGAAGAAGAAAUGGGCCAUGCAGAAACUUAUGCUGAGUAUAUGCCAAUAAAAUUAAAAAUUGGUCUACGUCAUCCUGACCCAGUAGUGGAAACCAGCUCAUUAUCCAGUGUAACGCCUCCUGAUGUGUGGUACCAGACAUCAAUAUCAGAAGAAACAAUCGAUAAUGGCUGGUUGUCAGCUUUGCAACUUGAAGCAAUCACUUAUGCAGCCCAGCAACAUGAAACAUUCCUGCCUAAUGGAGACAGAGCUGGAUUCUUGAUAGGUGAUGGUGCUGGUGUAGGAAAAGGAAGGACCAUAGCUGGAAUAAUCUAUGAAAAUUACUUGUUAGGCAGAAAAAGAGCAGUCUGGUUUAGCGUGUCAAAUGAUCUGAAAUAUGAUGCUGAAAGAGACUUGAGAGAUAUUGGAGCAAAAAACAUUUUGGUUCAUUCAUUAAACAAGUUCAAGUAUGGAAAAAUUUCUUCGAAACAUAAUGGAAGUGUGAAGAAGGGUGUCAUUUUUGCCACCUAUUCUUCUCUUAUUGGUGAAAGUCAGUCUGGUGGUAAAUACAAAACCAGAUUAAAGCAACUGCUUCACUGGUGUGGUGAAGACUUUGAUGGAGUUAUUGUAUUUGACGAGUGUCAUAAAGCUAAGAAUUUGUGUCCUGUUGGUUCAUCAAAACCAACAAAAACGGGUCUGGCUGUGUUGGAACUGCAGAAUAAACUUCCAAAAGCUAGGGUUGUUUAUGCUAGUGCCACAGGUGCGUCUGAGCCAAGAAAUAUGGCAUAUAUGAACCGUCUUGGAAUAUGGGGUGAAGGAACUCCAUUUAGGGAAUUCAGUGACUUUAUUCAGGCUGUUGAAAGAAGGGGUGUUGGUGCCAUGGAAAUAGUUGCUAUGGAUAUGAAACUGCGAGGAAUGUACAUAGCAAGACAGUUGAGUUUUUCAGGUGUAACUUUCAAAAUCGAUGAAGUUCUGCUUUCACAGGACUAUGUUAAGAUGUACAAUAAAUCUGUGAAACUGUGGGUUAGUGCCAGAGAGAGAUUUCAACAAGCAGCUGAUCUUAUUGAUGCAGAACAACGAAUGAAGAAGUCCAUGUGGGGUCAGUUUUGGUCAGCCCAUCAAAGGUUUUUCAAGUACCUUUGCAUAGCAUCUAAAGUAAAGAGGGUAGUCCAACUAGCUCGAGAAGAAAUCAAGAACGGAAAAUGUGUUGUUAUUGGACUACAGUCAACAGGAGAAGCAAGGACAUUAGAAGCUUUGGAGGAAGGUGGUGGUGAACUGAAUGACUUUGUUUCUACAGCAAAAGGAGUAUUCCAGUCUCUCAUUGAAAAGCACUUUCCAGCUCCUGACAGGAAGAAGCUGUUUAGCUUGUUGGGAAUUGACUUGACUGCUCAAAGUAAUAACAAUUCACCUAGAGACAGUCCUUGCAAGGAAAACAAAAUAAAGAAACGGAAAGGUGAAGAAAUAACCAGAGAAGCCAAAAAAGCUCGCAAAACAGGUGGCCUUGCAGGUAGCAGCUCUGAUGAGAGUGAAAGCGAGUCAGAUGCUUCAGACAACGAAGAAAGUGACAAUGAGAGCUCCAAAUUUUUGAGUUCUGGAGAUGAUGAUGACUUCAACCCAUUUAGAGAUGAAUCCAGUGAAGAUGAUGAAGAUGAUCCCUGGCUAAUUAGAAAAGACCAUAAGAAAAAUAAAGAAAAGAAAAAGAAGAAAAGUAUAGACCCAGAUUCUAUUCAAAGUGCCUUAUUAGCUUCUGGUCUUGGAUCAAAACGACCUAGCUGUUUUACUUCCACUGUUGGUACCACCACUUCUAGUACCAACACAUCAGCAAACAGUAAUACAAACAGCAGCUUUGUAACAAGUCAGGAUGCUGUCGAAAGGGCCCAACAAAUGAAAAAAGAACUGCUCGAUAAACUGGAAAAGUUGGCUGAAGAUCUUCCACCUAAUACACUGGAUGAGCUUAUAGAUGAACUUGGUGGUCCUGAAAAUGUUGCAGAGAUGACAGGCCGCAAAGGGAGAGUUGUAAGCAAUGAUGAUGGCAGCAUAUCUUACGAGUCAAGAUCUGAACUUGAUGUGCCUGUUGAAAUUCUUAACAUCACAGAAAAGCAGAGGUUCAUGGAUGGAGAUAAGAACAUAGCCAUAAUCUCAGAGGCUGCCAGCUCUGGUAUCUCCUUGCAAGCAGAUCGUAGAGCUAAGAAUCAGAGGCGAAGAGUUCAUAUGACUCUGGAGUUGCCAUGGAGCGCGGACAGAGCAAUACAGCAGUUUGGAAGAACUCAUAGAUCCAACCAAGUGACUGCUCCAGAGUAUGUGUUCCUAAUUUCUGAGUUGGCAGGAGAGCAAAGAUUUGCAUCUAUAGUUGCAAAAAGACUGGAGAGUUUGGGAGCCCUCACUCAUGGUGACAGACGGGCUACAGAAACUCGAGACCUCAGCAGAUUCAAUUUUGAUAAUAAGUAUGGAAGAAAUGCUUUAGAGAUUGUUAUGAAAUCCAUUGUGAACUUGGACUCCCCAAUGGUCUCACCACCUCCUGAUUUUCCUGGAGACUUCUUUAAAGAUGUUCGCCAGGGAUUGAUUGGUGUAGGCCUGAUAAAUGUAGAAGACAGAUCUGGAAUUCUAACGCUUGAUAAAGAUUAUAACAAUAUAGGAAAAUUUCUGAAUAGAAUUCUUGGUAUGGAAGUACAUCAGCAGAAUGCUUUAUUCCAGUAUUUUUCUGACACGCUAAAUGCAGUUAUUCAAAAUGCUAAAAAGAAUGGAAGAUAUGAUAUGGGCAUCUUAGAUUUGGGCUCUGGGGAUGAGAAAGUAAGGAAGGCAGAUGUUAAGAAGUUUCUAACUCCAGGAUAUUCUACCUCUGGACAUGUAGAACUAUACACAAUCAGUGUAGAGAGAGGAAUGUCUUGGGAGGAAGCAACUAAGAUCUGGGCAGAACAGACAGGACCAGAUGAUGGAUUUUAUUUAUCACUACAGAUAAGAAAUAACAAGAAAACUGCUAUUCUAGUAAAAGAAGUGAAUCCUAAAAAGAAGCUUUUUUUAGUGUACAGACCAAAUACAGGGAAACAACUCAAAUUAGAAACAUGUGCAGAUCUGAAAAAGAAAUAUAAGAAGGUACCUUCUGAAGAUGCUCUGCCACACUGGUUAGAGCAGUACAAUUCUUCUGCGGAUACCUGCACCCAUGCUUAUUGGAGAGGCAAUUGUAAGAAGGCAGGCUUGGGGCUAGUUUGUGAAGUGGGACUCCGCUGUCGAACUUACUAUGUCUUGUGUGGUUCAGUAUUGAGCGUCUGGACAAAAGUAGAAGGCGUUCUAGCCUCUGUCAGUGGUACAAAUGUGAAAAUGCAAAUAGUCCGUCUAAGAACAGAAGAUGGGCAGAGGAUUGUGGGUUUGAUCAUUCCUGCAAAUUGUGUAUCGCCCCUCGUAAACCUCCUGUCAACGUCAGACCAGUCUCAACAGCUUGCAGUACAACAGCAGCAGAUAUGGCAGCAGCAUCACCCACAAAGUAUCACCAAUUUCAACAAUGCAUAAGAGGACAUACUACAGGUGUUGACUUUGGUGUUUGAGGAAAAGGCUGUAAAAGCAUAUCACUUGCAUAAAAAUCAGGGACAGAUUCCAAAGAAAUAUAACUUUUUCAGUUCAGUUGUGUGCUCUCAAAUACUUUGGGAAUAAAGAGAUCUAAAAAGGUUGGUAGAACUGAAAGCCAGCAGUUGUUUAUGGUGGUGCAUCUGUCUUUCCUUAUGCUCUCUGUAGUGCUUCCUGUUUGCUUUUACUUUUGGCCUUUUAAGCUACAAACCACAAUUUGUUUGAAAAUGCUUGAAAAUCCCCAAGCAGGCUUUAUUUUUAUCUUGUCAUACAGUGCUCAGGGUUUAACGCAGUGCAUCGAUGCCAUUGCUGUGGGAGAUAUCCUUGAAUGCAUGUAUUGAGUAUAUAUAUAGAAAAUAUAUAUUGGGUUUUUCUCUUCAAUUUAUAAGUUUAUAAAAGCAUGAAACCUAGAGGUUGCACAUCAUGCAUUCAGGUUCCUUCCCAGUUUCUGUUUGACAGUGCAUGUCUCUGGAAACGGGCAUGGACAGGAUAAACACACACGACAAGAAUUCAGAGAGAAACACAAUCUUAGUUGUACAGCAUUGGUUAUUGCAUUUUUAUAGUGUUUAUACCCAGGUGUUGCAUUUUUUUCUGGUUCUCUCCUGGGGGUUAUAUAUUUGAGUCUACAACAUGUUCUUUUUGUGAUAAACAUCUUAAAUUAAAAUUAGUUCCUUUUUAAUGUAUUAAUGGUAUUCCUAAUGUGUACUGCAAAGAUGGCUGGAUGCCUGUUUUCCUUAAAUUGAAGCAUUUCCUUAAUCUGAGGUGGUUAUGGAAACUUAAGUGCAAAUUCACUUCCAUCUCGUAUACAAUCUUAUAUUUUUUACUUCAUUAAUGUAAUUUAAUUUGUCACUUGUAAGAUGAAACCUUACUUGAGCUGUAAAUUAGAGAAUGGGAAACACUUGAGGGUUCCGCUGUAUGUGCUGUUUCUGUUACCCAGUAACUUGAAUACUGUUUAAUAUGUUGUAAGACAUUGUAGAGUUUAUCUGGAGCUGUUUAAAAGAAAUUGUAAUGUACAAAUGUGAAUAGUCACUUAUCUAUAAUAUGGGUAAGUUUUGUUUUGCCUAUAAUAGUAGAUGUUUAUAAGAAAGUGAAGGACAAUGUUUGUCAUUUCUUGCUUGCACAGGUUGCACUAUUGAAAAAUUGAGAUUGUAUAAACCUGUCCAAAAAACUACAAGAUAACAAUCUUGUAGAUGUCAAAUAAAAGUUAUUGUACUAACAAGAAGUGGAGUCUUGUUUAGGCAAUCACUAUAUUCCAAAAAAACUAACAAGUUUGUACAAUUGGAAUCCAACAGGACUUGGCAUGUUCCAGUCUGCUUUAACCAGGCUUCUGUCUCGCAGUCCAAAUACUUCAACUGGUUAAUGAGGCAAGGAAUAAACUGUGUUAAACUUUGAUGCAUAUGUUAAGUAAGGUUCACCUGACAGACUUAGUGCAGCAAUCCAUUGCAGCACGUGUCACUUCUGUAAACAUGCAGUGAGCCAGAUUCAAGUGUCAUAAAGAGUUUUUUCCAUGAGUAACUGGGGCCAGAAGUUCCAUGACUUCAGGCUGAAGUGAGCUCCACUGCGUGGAUUAUUUUGCCUGUAGUUUGGUUAACGCUGCCUGUGCCAGCACUCUAGUGCAGUAACAGAGCUUGGGGUUGUGGGGGAAGGACGUCUGCCUGCUUUCCUCAACUCAGCAGUCUGAAACGGUCAAGGGGACGAUUCCCUCCCCCCCACACACACGCGCUUACGACUGAAUGGAAAUACAGUUCCAGAAUAAGUCGGCGUGCUUGCUAUUGCUGUAGUAGCUGCUGUAUUUCUGUAUAGUACUUGUGAUGCAGGUGGUAGGUGUCUCUUUUUGUCUGUCUUUUUUUUCCUUCUUUCUCUCUUUUUCUUUUAAUAAUUCUCUGGUAGUAAAGGGAGGCUCACCUGAAUGCUGUGUGAUAGCAGUAGGAGCUGACUUACACCAUGGAAGAGUGUAGACCUGAAACAGUGUGUGGGUGAGGAUGCUCAAGUGUUGUGCCCACCAUUGGGGAUUAUUUGGCAUCCAGUCCAGGAAAAGGAAGGGGAUUUUGAGAAGUAUCUUGAUAAGUUACUGUUGCAACGGAUCGUGCACUAGCUUACUAGUAACAGCAAGCUGUAUGUAUGAUCUUCAUUCUUUUUUAAAAUCUGCAUAGAAACUUCUGCCCUCUCAGACUAUAACAUAGUAUAUUGGACCUUAAUCUUCAGUGAGUUGGGUCUAGGAGUAGUAGACUCACAAACAGCAAUUUUGUAGCAAGUGGCUAUUUCAGUAUACUUCAGUUCCAAAGUGCUCUUCUCAGCCUAUUGUGCUAACUUUGCGUUGAGCAAAUAUUGAGUAUUCUGUGUGCUGGUAACCAAGCCACACCUCUUUCAGGGGGCUCGUAGUGCAUACUGUUCAUCCAAACCCUUUUAACGUCCCAUGGACCUGUGAUGUUCCCGGGGGUGGGGGGAUCCUCAUCGUUAGAGGGAAGAUCUGUAGAAAUUGUUCCUAUUCUGGCAAUGAGUCCCCCCCCUUGCUCUCCUUUGCCUGUUCCCUCCUCCUUGCCACUGUCAAUGUCUUGGCUUUGUCAUUCAUUUACUAACAAAGAGGCAUCCCUGGCUCCAGAGAGUUCUAGCAUCUUAAAGGUUUUCAUCAAAAAAGCUUAGUCUUCAUGUUUUGUUGCUUAAAAAUGACUUUUUUCUUUAAACCUUGACAUUAUAGCAUUCUGGUUCCUGGAAGGCAUUAGUGCUGCUCACUUUGUGUGCAAGAAUUGCUGCUGCAAUUUGGUUUUGAUAGUAGUUUAUUUCUUGCAUUAGCUGCUGGAAGUGAUGAUAACUGAUAAAAUCUGGGGGAGAAAAGAACUAAGGACUACAAAUAAAAGUAUGGACAGGGUAAGGAAGAACUACCUGGUACGCUCUUGGAGCACAGCCUAUAAUUCUCUUGCACUGAGCAAAAAGGGGAGACCAAUUGUCAUAACUUACCAGGCCAGGCAAGGAUGAUCGCUGUCCCUGUUUUUGUCACUUGUGGGACGCUGACCUCCUUCAAACAAAUCACCAUCUGAAAUAGAUGCAAAAUUAUAAAAGAGAGGUCUCUGGUAACAUGGCCAAAGCUAAAUGUAUAAUGCUGGUAGUAAUUUCUGUGCUGCGGGAGUCCUGGAAGCAUGCUGUAGAAGGGGAAGAUAGUAUAUAUAUUAUAUAUAUAUAUUUUAAUUAAGUUGACUUGGGAAUUGAGGGGAGAGAAACUUGGGGGUUUUUUAAGCUGUUCGAGAGUCUGAACUUUGACCGGUUAACUAGUUUCAAUUCCAUGCUUAAGACAUGCCUGAUGAGCAAAUGCAAUUAUAGCUCACUUAAAAACCCAGUCUGCACGGCAAACUUUCCGUUUUUUUCCAAUCACUGUGUGAUGUUAGCAACACACCUCUCAUAAGGACUGAGAAGUUCCCUAAAGAUGCUGUUGUGUCAGUGUGUGGAAGUAUUUUCUUUGUAAACGAAGAAAAUUCUGCAACCUGUAAACAUUUGUCAAUUGAAUUAUCAACUGUUUUUGUAUUUUUCUUUUGCAUUUGGAAUAAGUUUUGUUCAGAUCCCAUCAUCAUCUGUACAUAUAUAGAAAGAAUAUGUAUGUAUAUAGAGAUGUUAAAGGCUACUGAAUUAUUGAAUGUAAAUAACUUGUUUUUCUUUGUGGUUUUUUUGUUGUUCUUGUUCAUGACCUUCCCGAGAUGUAUUCCUAUUUUCUCAACUUUCUAAACUGGCAGUUUAUGUGUACUUUGAAAUACAUAUAGCAUAUAUAAAACUUCCAAGGGAUGUCUGCAUACAUUGUAGAUGUUAUAUGUUGUCAUCAUUUUUUCAAAAUUAUCAACUGUCUGUCUUCCA